AUGAUGGACUCUCGGCCCUCCGCCGGCAACGUCAAGUCCAGCCCAUCCGAUGACACCCUACGCGACAAAGCGGUGCAAGAACACGACCAUCGACAAGAUGAAAUGGACAUCGAGAUCAGCACCCCCCGAGUGAAUGACCUCGUACGGCCUUACAGCCUCGAGCUCAUCCGCUCAGCAUCUCGGCUCGACCCCGACAUCAACCCCUUCCUCUCGUCCCACCCGUCCCUCGACCCCAGCUGUAGAGAGCAGUUCAACGCCAAGAAGUGGGCAAGGGCUCUGCUCCAGCACUCUGCUCGCAACCCCCAACACUAUCCUCGCCUCGAGGCCGGGGUCGCCUACCGCAGCCUGAGCGUCCACGGCUACGGCACCGACACGGACUACCAGAAGGACGUCCUCAACGUCCUCUGGCAGGCCCCGGUGCUGGUGAAGCAGGCCCUGAGCAAGCGCCGCCAGAAGAUUGACAUCCUGAGGGACUUUGACGGCAUCGUCGAGAGCGGCGAGAUGCUGCUUGUGCUGGGCCGCCCCGGCAGCGGUGUGUCGACGUUGCUGAAGACGAUUGCCGGCGAGACUCGGGGUCUCCAUCUCGGGCCACACUCGCACUUUAGCUAUCAAGGCAUCCCCAUGGAAAUGAUGCACAAGCGGUUCCGCGGGGAGACCAUCUACCAGGCCGAGACCGACAUCCACUUCCCGCACCUCACCGUGGGACAGACGCUCCUCUUCGCCGCGCUGGCGAGGACCCCCAAGAACCGACUCCCCGGCGUCAGCCGGCAGCGGUACGCCGAGCACCUGAGGGACGUCGUCAUGGCCGUCUUCGGCAUCUCACACACCGCCAACACCAAAGUCGGCAACGACUUCGUCAGGGGCGUCAGCGGCGGCGAGCGGAAGCGCGUGAGCAUCGCCGAGGUCACCCUCAGCCAGAGCCCGAUCCAGUGCUGGGACAACAGCACCCGCGGCCUCGACAGCGCCACCGCCCUCGAGUUCGCCCGGACCCUCCGCCUGUCCACCGACAUGGCCCGGACGUCGGCCGUGGUCGCCAUGUACCAGGCCUCGCAGCCGGCUUACGACGUCUUUGACAAGGUCGCCCUGCUGUACGAGGGCAGGCAGAUCUACUUCGGGUCCACGGCCCUCGCGAAGCAGUACUUCGUCGACAUGGGCUACCGCUGCCCCGACCGCCAGACCACCGCAGACUUCCUCACGUCGCUGACGAACCCAGCCGAGCGCGUCGUCCAGAGGGGGUAUGAGAACAGGGUGCCUCGGACGCCGGACGAGUUUGCGGCGGUGUGGAAGAGCAGCGACUUGCGCGCCCGGCUCAUGGACGAGAUCCAUCGCUUCGAACAGGAGCAUCCCCUGAACGGGCCCGGAGUCGACAAGUUUGCCACGACUCGCCAAGCCCACAAAGCCUCUCUCCUCUCCUCGCAGUCCCCUUACACCAUCUCGCUGCCCAUGCAGGUGUGGCUCUGCAUGACACGCGGAUAUCAUCGCCUCGUGGGAGACUGGCUCUUCCCCUUCGUCACCAUCUUUGGAAACUUUGUCAUCUCCGUGGUUCUCGGCAGCAUCUUCUUCGACUUGCCCUCCGACGCCUCGAGCUUGAACUCCCGGUGCAUCCUGCUGUUCUUCGCCAUCCUCUUUAAUGGUCUGAGCAGUGCUCUCGAGGUCCUCACUCUGUACGCCCAGCGGCCCAUUGUCGAGAAGCACGCUCGGUACGCUCUCUACCACCCGGCCUCCGAGGCCAUCUCGUCCACCAUAUGCGACAUGCCGACCAAGAUCCUGUCAUCCCUGGCCUUCAACCUGCCGCUCUACUUCAUGGCCAAGCUGCGCAUGGAGGCCGACGCCUUCUUCGUCUUCCUCCUCUUCGGCUUCAUCACGACGCUCUCCAUGUCCACGAUCCUCCGCACCAUCGCCCAGACGUCGCGCACCAUCCACCAGGCCCUGACGCCCGCCGCCAUCUUCAUCCUCUCCCUCGUCAUCUACACGGGCUUCAUCCUGCCCACGCGGGACAUGAAGGGCUGGCUCCGGUGGAUCAACUACGUCAACCCCAUCGCCUACGCGUUCGAGAGCCUCGUCGCCAACGAGUUCACCGGUCGGCGCUUCCCCUGCCUGCAGUACGUGCCGGCGUAUCCCGGCGCGGCCCCGGACGAGAGGACGUGUUCUGUUGCGGGCGCCGCCCCAGGAGCCGACUUCGUCGACGGUGACUUCUACAUCAACGCCACUUACAGCUACUACAAAUCGCACAUCUGGAGAAACUUUGGCAUCCUCGUCGCUUUCAUCCUCUUCUUCAUGUGCACGUACCUCGUCGCCGCGGAGUAUAUCGCCACAGACCGCUCCAAAGGCGAGGUUCUGGUCUUCCGCCGCGGCCAAUCGAGGCCUUCAAAGACGCCGGACGAGGAGGCGGGCCAGCCGGACCGCGUCUACGCAGCUGAAAAGAGCUCAGUCUCCCCGGCGGGUGCUGGGGGUGGGCGGCCCACGAACUUCGAGGACCGAUCCGUGUUCCACUGGAAGGAUGUCUGCUACGACAUCACCAUCAAGAACAAAGACCGCAGGAUCCUGGACCGUGUUGGGGGAUGGGUAAAGCCAGGGACCUUGACAGCCUUGAUGGGCUCAACUGGCGCCGGAAAGACCACCCUUCUGGACGUGUUGGCGAACCGAGUGACGGUGGGAGUGGUUUCGGGUGACAUCCUCGUCAACGGGGUCGCCAGGGAUAAAUCUUUCCAGAGGAAAGCGGGCUACGUCCAGCAGCAGGACAUCCACCUCGAGACGUCGACGGUUCGGGAAGCACUGCGGUUCAGUGCCAUGCUUCGACAACCGGCAUCCGUCAGUAAGCAGGAGAAGCACGCCUAUGUCGAGGAGGUCAUUGGGCUUCUCGAGAUGGAGGCCUAUGCGGAUGCCAUUGUCGGCGUACCCGGUGAAGGUCUGAACGUGGAACAGAGAAAACGCCUGACCAUCGGCGUCGAGCUGGCCGCCAAACCGGACCUGUUGCUCUUCCUCGACGAGCCCACGUCCGGCCUGGACAGCCAGACUGCAUGGUCCAUCUCCUCCCUGAUCCGCAAGCUCUCGGAAAACGGCCAGGCCAUCCUCUGCACCAUCCACCAGCCCUCGGCCCUCCUGUUCCAGCAGUUCGACCGGCUGCUGCUCCUGGCCCACGGCGGCAGGACGGUCUACUUUGGCGACAUUGGCGAGAACGCCCGGGUCCUGACCAGCUACUUCGAGCAGUACGGCGCGGCGCCCUGCGGACGGGACGAGAACCCCGCCGAGUGGAUGCUCAAGGUCAUCGGAGCCGCCCCGGGGGCCAGCUCGGAGAGAGACUGGCCUCAGACGUGGAAGGACAGCCACGAGUGCGCGCAAGUCCGACGGGAGCUCGAACGGCUGGAACGGGCGUCCAAGGGCGCCGGCUCUGUGGCCGCCACUGAAGCCGAGAUGUCCACCUAUGCUGCCCCCUUCCGCGUCCAGCUGGCGUUGUGCACGGAACGAGUCUUCCAGCAGUACUGGCGCACCCCUUCGUACAUCUACUCCAAGCUGAUCCUUUCAGGCGGCACGAGCCUGUUCAUCGGCGUGUCCUUCUACCAGUCGCCUCUGACCAUGCAAGGGCUGCAGAGCCAGAUGUUCUCCAUCUUUAUGCUCCUCGUGGUCUUCGUCUUCCUCGUCUACCAGACGAUGCCCAACUUCAUCCUCCAGCGCGAGCAGUACGAGGCGCGGGAGCGCGCGUCCAGGGCGUACUCGUGGUACGUCUUCAUGCUGGUCAACAUCGUCGUCGAGAUACCGUGGAACACGCUCGUCGCCGUCGUCGUCUUCUUCCCCUUCUACUACCUCGUGGGCAUGUACCGCAACGCCGUCCCGACGGACGCCGUCACAGAUCGGGGCGGUCUGAUGUUCCUCCUCAUCUGGGCGUUCAUGCUUUUCGAGUCGACGUUCGCCGACAUGGUCGUCGCCGGGGUGCCGACGGCGGAGACCGGGGCGACCCUGUCAUUGCUUCUCUUCGUCCUCUGCCUCAUAUUCUGCGGUGUCAUCGUCCCUCAGGAUGCACUACCAGGCUUCUGGAAGUUCAUGUACCGAGUAUCCCCCCUCACGUACCUCGUCGAGGGCCUCUUGUCAACGGGUCUCGCUCACAACACCGUGGAGUGCUCCCAGCUUGAGCUUUUGCAGUUUCGCCCUCCGCCGGCCAACGGCACCACGUGCGGCGACUACAUGGCCCCGUACAUGGAAAUGGCCGGCGGUCGCGUCUACAACCCCGACAGCACCGACGUGUGCCAGUUCUGCCCGUUGUCCACCACGGACAUGUUCCUGUCCACCGUCUCGGCGUCCUAUGAUAGGAGGUGGCGGUCGUAUGGGCUGAUGUGGGUGUACAUCGUCUUCAACCUGUUUGCCGCCUUGGCGCUGUACUGGCUGGCCCGGGUGCCGAAGAGUUAUUCGGUAGCCCAGCUGUGGAAAAAGACGAAGUAG